AUGUACAAUGAAAAUUUUCUUGCCUUUGACUAUUUUUCAGGAGGAAUUCCAUUGGAAAUAGGCAAUCUUUCACGUCUGGAAACAUUGAGUGUACAAGGUGGCUCUCUAACAGGGCCAUUUCCAUCUUUUGUCUUCAACAUAUCUUCUCUGAAAGUGAUUGACUUUGAUAACAAUAGCUUGUCUGGAAGCCUCUCAGUUGACAUUUAUCAUAAGCUUCCUGAACUCGAGGAGCUGCAUCUUAAAUCCAAUCAGCUAACUGGCCUAACUCUUUCAAACAUUUUGGAUUUUAAAAGGCUUUGGUGGAUAUCAUUGUCAAAAAACAAACUUACGGGUGGUGUACCUGCAAAAGUUGGAAACCUCACUGGGCUGAAGUAUCUAUAUCUUGCUAAUAACAGAUUGACAGGUAUGUUCGACUGCUUUCACAUCGUCAACUUUGAAUGA